AUGGCCGACCAACCCACCAUCCGCCUGGCAACGCCAGAGGGCAAGUCAACCUCCAUCACCUCACCCUCGCCCUCACCAACCCACGUCCCCCUAAUCCUCCAAUUCAUCUGCGAACUAGCCGACUACGAAAAAGCCCUCCACGAAGUCGAAGCAACAGAAGAGUCCCUCCUAUCAACCCUCUCCUUCCCAGACACACCCCCCAAACGCGGCGCCGUCUACACUGCCCUGAUAACCCCCCCUCCAUCCCCGACAAACGCCUCCCCAACCCCCGUCGGCAUGGCCCUCUACUUCUACAACUACUCGACGUGGCGCUCCGCACCGGGAAUCUACCUGGAGGAUCUAUAUGUGCAGCCGAGCGCGCGCGGCCACGGGUAUGGGUUUAAGUUGUUGAAGUAUUUGGCGAAGCAGGUGCUCGAGGUGUCGGGGCGCAGGCUCGAGUGGAGUGUGCUUACUUGGAAUGAGCCCAGUAUUCGGUUUUAUGAGCAGGUUGGGGCUAAAGGGAUGGAUGAAUGGAUGAAGAUGAUGGUUGAAGGGGAUGCUUUGACCAAGUUGGCGGAGGGGGCGUAG